AUGACCGGUCGCGGUCCUCUGGCGAUUGGUCAUUUUGAAGUAGAUUCGGAUUUCCAGGUAGUGACCGGUCGCUUUCAACCUACGACCAGUCGCUUUCAGGCAGAGUCUGGGGCCACCGGUCGCUCACAACCUACGACCAGUCGUCUUCAGGCAGAGUCUUGGGCGACCAGUCGCUCGCAUCCUGUGACCAAUUGUUUUCAAUUUGUGAUGAUUCUGAAGGAAAAAAUUCUGAAAUGUGAGAAGUGUUGGCAUCGCGAUCCUCCUCCUGUAUAA